CUGUGAAAUGGUCACAGGUCGAUGAAGAUGAGGGGCCGAUCCGACGGGCGAUCCAUUUCUUUCUCGCCUUCCUUCAACUUCAUUCUAUAAGCCCCCUACACCUAUCUCUCAAUACUACAAUAAGGAUUCUUCCUUCAGACAAAAUUGAUCAUAUUUGUCGAAAUCAUGGAAAAUACGAAAAUGAAGUCUAUUCUAACUGAUCCCGACUACUACACCAAGAUGUUCCAGGUCUAUGCCAAGAAGAGCAACAAGUUUUCGCACUUGGUUAAUUGGACCGAGGAAGUAUUCCCCAAGAUGGUGUUGGAGAAAUUGAGGGAGAGCUUCUCAGCAAAAACACAAAUUAACAUGCUCGGAAUUGGGACCGGUUCGGGUGAGAUGGACCGGAAAAUGGCAGCAAGCAUCAAUGCCCAUUUCAAGUCUGUCCGAAACGUAGUGGUGGAGCCCGCGAAAAGACAGCUUGAGAUCUACCACUCUGCCCUAGAGGAGACCAAGUCCGAAUUCAGUGGCAUCGAUUUUGACCUGCGUCAAAUGGUCUUUGACAAAUAUCGUGAACAAGAGGGCAAACGCCCGCCCAAAUACCACUUCAUCAGCGCGAUCCAAUCCAUUUACUACAUUGACGAUAUUAAUGAUACUCUGCGAUAUCUCUACGACUGCUUGGAGGAUGGCGGUGUUAUGCUGAUAACCACUCUAUCUGAUAUGGGAGGUUUCAGACAGGUUUGGAGCAGCUUCCCCCAAAUACAGGACGUCGUCGGACCCUAUCCGGGCACCAACGAUAUCCGAAAACACCUCUCAGACCUCAACAUCCCUUUCGAGGAAAAUCUCCAGAAAUCGCAAGCGGACAUCACCAGCUGUUUCCAAGAGGGGUCGAAGGAAGGACAACUCAUCAUCGACUUUCUCAGUCAGAUCAUUGAUCUCCGAGGGACAGCGCCCUCUGCGCUCUAUCGGGAGGUAGUUGAAAAGCUAGGCUCGGACCAAUGCUCCGAAAGAAAAGCUGACGGGACGGUUCUUCUCAAUAACGACUGGGACGCAUUCGUGGUGUACAAGUAAGCCCACAUUCCAUCUCGAUGAUCAAAUAAAAGAAAAUUUUCACUCGUUGAAAAUGAGGAAAGUGGAAAUAAGGGGCAACCUAACCUUGUCAGUACCCAAUUUGAUACAUACCUUGUUUACACGUGCAUCGGCUCGCGGUGCAUUUUUAUGCAUGUAUAUAGGCUCGCGGUGCAGACGCAGCAAUUUUGCUCCGCCAAAAAUAGUAGGAUCAGAACCGCGAGCUGGUGCAGACACGGCCAUUUUUUUUCCGUGUAAACACGAAGCCGAUUCUGCGCCGGUAAUUAGCGCGUUUUUUAUGUAAACUCUAUCCACUGAUCUGUGUUUUUCUGAUCCGAGAGCUGGGGCAGCGUGAAGCGCGACGCAAGAUAAUCCGCGAGCAGAGUCAGCACCGGCUCGCGGGUCUGCACCGCGAUCCGAUGUAGAGUGUAAACAUGGUAUAAAUCGGGAAAUAAAUGUAUUCAGUGAAGUUUAACGUAAAUCCAUGAGAAUAACAGGGUUUCGAAUUCUUGAAGGGGUGUAGGUUUACGAAGCCAGAUGGAACAGCUGUUCUAUAUUCUUUUCAACUUUCUAAUUUCAUUUCUUGUGUGUUUUUAAAAGUGAAGCAAAAGGUAUCAGGAAGACAACGAUUAAGGGUUUGAAAAAGUAAUAAAAGUAAUAAUAAAAAACUAUAAUAAUGAUUAUAAUAGCAACAAUGAAAAUAACGAUGAUAAAUAAC